AUGGAAAGCAUUAUUCCUGCUUAUUCCUCAAGCUGCAGGUAUUCAGACAUUUUUGGAGCAUUUGUUACUGCAUGCAUUUGGUUUGCAUUCAAUAAAGUGAUUGUUGGAGUGUCUCUUUGCUUGGGAAGCUCUGUGACUCAUAAAAAUGUUUUCAUGGAAUACGUUCUUGUUUGGGUGAUUUGCGCAUUGAAUAUAACCGCCGCCGUUUUGAUUAUUGUUGUUUAUGCUGAUGGAUACUACUCUCUUCAUUUGCCGAUAUUGAGAGCAUCAAUGGCGAUGUCCUGCAUCGAUCUCAUUGUCUCUCUGAUAUUUACACUACAGAUAAUCAAACUGUUCUGCUCAUUCAAAAAUCGGCAAGUCAGGGAAAAUGAGCAGCAAGGACAAAAUAAUUGCGAGCCCGAGGAAAUUGUCCCUUCCGCGCCCAACCGGUCGGCUUUUGCUACUACAACUGCGCCACCUAGACCACCACCACCAAAUACAACGACAUUCGCCUCGCCACAAAGCCAAGCUGCUGUUCCAGUUUCAUUACCCGUCACUGGGCCUGCACCCCAGACAAUUCCAGUCGCCAACAGCUUACCAACUUACGUUCAACUUCCGAAUGGUCAACUGCAGAUGGUGCAGCCAAUUCAACAACCAACAGUCCAAACAAUUUAUGUUGCUCCACCACCACCUCGACCAGUCGUCCCUGUCCAAACAAGCGAGGAUUUUCUCUAUCGCUUUGUGAUCGCUCAAAUACUUCUGAUGCUGACGAACAUUGCCUUUGCUGGAGUUUGUGUUGGAUAUCUCGCUCAUGGAAUUUUAUCCUGCAAACAUGCAACAUGA